UCGAAUAAAAGUUUUUUUUCUGAAAAUAAGUGAAAAUAUUUUUCAUCAAUAAAUCGAGUUUUUAUGAAAAAUAGCUGAUAAUUACUGUUCUUAUAAACCGUAGUAGACAUUAGUAUUACGUAUGGUUUAAAAAAUACUAUUAAUUUACAGUAUUUAUUCAUCUGCACACAAAACACUUCUUCCCGUUAUCCCGAAGAAAUUACAGUCUGCCACGUUCAGACUGUGUUUGUAUGUUAAUUUCUUGAAGAUGCUGUUUAUUUAUUAGGUAUCCGGUUAAAUUUAAGGACCUAGGAACAACACUAUGUCCAGCAUGUCAGACCGCAAGGCAGAGCUGGAGCGCAAGAAGGCGAAGCUGCAGAUGCUGCGGGAGGAGAAGGACCGCCGCCGUCGUGAGAAGGAACAGAAGGAUGCCGAGGAAGCCCUGCAACGCGCCUCCACCGCCUCCAGCCUGGACAGCCGGCGCGACCUGGACGAGAUGCUGUCGUCCCUGGGCGUGGCUCCCGUGAAGGACGUGCUCUCCUCGCUCUCCUCCAUGACGUCACUGACGCCGCCGCAGACCGCCUCCCCGGAUGUCAGCUUGCCGCACGCUGAUAAACAGACGCCGAGUUUGCUGGUCACGAAAAAAGCGCCAACACUCCAACUGGUGUCAGUUCAAUCUACUGACAUCCCUCCGAAGGAGAAUGUGGUUUACACCAAGCAGACCCAAACCACCACUACAGGGGGGACAGAGUUGCGAGAUGGCUGCUCUUCCAAUCCAUCACCGCUUUCAGGAUACAUGGAGGACUGGUGGCGGCCACGUAAAGCACACGCGACCGACUACUACGAUGAGUACAAUCUAAACCCAGGCUUAGAGUGGGAGGACGAGUUCACAGUACUUACAUUCGACGACGGCGCGCGACAAGGGGACGAAGAGGACGCGGCGUUCCACGGCAAGCUGCCCCCGGGCAUCCUGCCGCACGGGCUGCCUACUGUGAAGGAGGUCCAGCCGGCUGUCACCCAGCCCGAGGAGAAGAAGGAGGAGGAGAAGGAGAAGAAAGCACGCGAACUAAGUGCGGACGAGAAGCAGACAAUAAUGCUGUCGGCAGAGUUCCAGCGGUUCAUCUCGCGCGCCGGGCGGGUCAUCGAGCGAGCCCUGGCAGAGAGCGUGGACAUCUACGCGGACUACACCGGCGCCAACCACAGCGAGAAUGCCAUAGACGACAAAUCCGACGCGAAACUCUCCGUGGUCCGUUCAUUCUACGACGAGCGCUGGUCGCGCGGGCGCUGCGUGACGUCACUGGACUGGAGCGCGGCGCAUCCGGAGCUGCUGCUGGCCUCCUACCACAACAGCGACGAGGCGCCGCACCAGCCCGACGGCGUGUGCCUGCUGUGGAACACCAAGUACAAGAAGAGCACGCCCGAGGACGUGUUCCACUGCCAGUCGCCCGUCAUGAGCGCCACCUUCGCCAGGUUCCACCCGAACCUGAUCCUGGGAGGGACGUACUCCGGCCAGAUCGUGUUGUGGGACAACCGCGUGCAGAAGCGAACGCCUAUACAGAGGACGCCACUGUCGUCGCUUGCGCACACUCACCCUGUAUACUGCCUGUCGGUGGUGGGCAGCCAGAACGCGCACAACCUCAUCUCCGUGUCCACCGACGGACGCAUGUGCUCCUGGUCGCUCGACAUGCUGUCGCAGCCGCAGGAGACCCUCGAGCUGCAGCACCGGCAGAGCAAGGCGGUGGCGGUCACGUCCAUGGGCUUCCCGCACGGCGACGUCAACAACUUUGUAUUGGGCGCUGAGGACGGGAAUGUUUAUACUGGUUGCCGUCACGGGCAGCGCGCCGGCGUCUCCGAGUGCGUGGAGGCGCACGCGGGCCCCGUGACCUCCGUGCACACGCACGCGGCCGCCGGCGCCGUGGACCUGAGCCACCUGUACCUGAGCGCCUCCGUCGACUGGAGCGUCAAGCUGUGGAGCCUCAAGGAGAACAAGCCUCUCUACUCAUUCGAAGAGUCCGGCGACUACGUGUGCGACGCGCGCUGGUCGCCCGCGCACCCCGCGCUGUUCGCGGCGGCGGACGCGGCCGGCCGCCUCGCGCUGUGGCACCUCAACCGCGACACGGAGGUGCCAGUGGCCAGCAUCCAGGCGUCGGGCGGCGUGGCGCUGUCGCGCGUGGCGUGGAGCGGCGCCGGCACGCACGUGGCUGCUGGAGACGACGCGGGCAGGAUCUGGCUCACGGAGCUCAACGAGACCCUGUCCCAGCCGCGCAACGACGAGUGGACCAAGUUCGUGUACACCCUGCAAGAGCUACGCAACAACCAAGCGGAUGAAGAGACGGACCGGCUGAGCCUUGCCGCCAGCGGGCCGCCCUCGCUGACCUCCCUCACCAGCCUGGCCAGCAACCCGCUGCGGUAGACCACCAGGGGUGAGGUGCCAGGGGUGUAGGGAAGUGGGGGUAAUUGCAGCGGCUAACAUUUUGAAGCCUAUACGAAUGAAAGUUCAUUAAGACCUAUAUAGCUUCUAUUCUUCUAUUCCUAUAUAGACUAUAGGAAUAGAAGAAUAUAGCCUAUAGUAGCUAUAAGCUUCUAUUUAGUUCAUUUGCGGAUUCCACUCAUGCAAUAUGAUGGCAAAAAUUUGCUUCGAAAAUGCAGGCCGCUGCGAUUAUGCUGAUGUUACUCAUAUGAAUUUCAGCUGGGUCUUUAUCUUACUCAAGGAAACAGUAGGCUUGUAGAUGCAGGAGUCAGUAUGUAAUCAUCUAUUAUUAUCACGAUGCUGAAUGAUACAAGUUUUAAUAACUAUUUUGAAUAGCAGUUGAGAUAACUGAUUAACAUCUAACGCAUUUUUAUAUCACGAACUGAUUGAUGUAGAGGAAAUUACUGAUCAUGGAUUAUAUUUGUAAGGAAGUACAUUUAAUUGCUAAGUUAUGGAGUCAUUAAGGAUUAUUAUUGGCAACUUAUAACUUAUUUAGCAUUGCUUUUAGGGAAGUUUCAUGGUGUCAACACUUUGAAAAGUGCAAUUUAGGGUUGCUAACUAGAGAUUUAGCUGAAUGUUUUGUAACUGAAUAUGAAUUUCCAACUAAGUUUUUAUUUAUUCCAACAUAUUUUUUAUUGUUAUAGAUAGAUAGGUAUUGAGAUGUAAUUAUUAUUCAACCUCGAUUUUAAGUUCUCAAGUUUUGUAUCUUUAAUAAACAUUAUUCAUUCAUAAUUAGAAACAUAACAUUUACUAACAUGAGGAUCAAAUAGGUACAGCAAUAUAACAGCAACAAUUUUAUUGUUUUUCAAACUUAAACUAUAUGAAACAUGUUAAAUACACAUAAAUUAUUAAUGUACUUAUAUGUUUAUGCUAUUGUAAUAGCUACAGAGAAUAAAUGGCUUAUCAUAAA